GAUGUCUGUGCCACUUGCCACGAACAUGCCACCUGCAAGCAAAGAGAAGGGAAGGAGAUGUGUAUUUGCAAAUAUGGAUUUGUGGGCAACGGGAGGAUUAAGUGUGUCGAUAAAAAUGAGUGCCAGUUGGGGGCCAGCGUGGUCUGUGGGAAGCACACAUCUUGUCACAACACGCCCGGAGGCUUUUAUUGCAUUUGCCUGGAAGGAUAUCGAGCCACAAACAACAACGAGACGUUCAUUCCCAAUGAUGGCACCUUUUGCACAGACAUAGAUGAGUGUGAGGUUUCCGGCCUGUGUAGGCAAGGAGGGCGGUGUGUGAACACUCAUGGAAGCUUUGAAUGCUACUGUAUGGAUGGAUACUUGUCCAAGAGUGGACCUGAGCCUUUCCACCCAACCAGAGAUGCCACAUCAUGCACAGAAAUAGACUGUGGCAACCCUCCUGAGGUCCCAGGUGGCUAUAUCAUAGGCAAUUAUACCUCUAGGCUUGGCAGCCAGGUUCGUUAUGCUUGCAAAGAAGGAUUUUUCAGUAGCCCCGAAGAUACAAUUUCAAGCUGCACAGCCUUGGGCACAUGGGAGUCCCCACAAUUAAACUGCCAAGAGAUCGACUGUGGCCGCCCUCCCGAAGUGCAGCAUGCCAUCCUGGUGGGGAAUCACAGCUCCAGCCUGGGCAGUGUGGCCCACUAUGUCUGUCAAGAGGGCUUUGAGAGCCGUGGAGGAAAGAUCACUUCUGUUUGCACAGAGAAAGGCAUCUGGAAAGAAAGUACUUUGACAUGCACAGAAAUAAUUACAGAAAUUAACAAUGUAUCAGUGUUUAAUAACACCUGUGUGAGGUGGGAAAUAAACGCAGGAAGAAGAAACAACCAGGUCAUAUAUGUGAUCCACAUAACAGGACACCGGGGAGACCCGAUGGAAUCCGUUCAUGAGGAGACAGUCAACCUGACCACAGACAGCAGGACCCCAGCAGUGUGCCUCGAUCUGUCCCAAGGCACCAACUAUACCAUGAGCAUUUCCACUGCCCCUCCCAGACGCUCUGUGCCAGCCAUCAUUAGGUUCCAGACAGCUGAAGAUGAUCUCUUAGAAGAUGAUGGAAUUUUCAAUAUUUCAAUAUUUAAUGAAGCUUGUUUGAAAUUGAACAGGCAUUCUAGGAAAGUUGGAUCAGAACAAAUGUACCAAGUUAAAGUUCUGGGUCGAAGGUGGUAUCUGAAUGAUUUUUAUCACGCAACAUCAUUUAACUUCACGACGUGGGAACAAACUUCAGUAGUGUGUUUAGAUCUGUACCCGGCAACUGAUUACACAGUGAAUAUCACCCUCCUGGGAUCUCCUGAGCAUCUCUCAGUGCAAAUAACGAUAACAACUGCACUGGCAGUAGAGCAGAUUAUUGGUAACAUUUCAAUAUUUAAUGAAACCUGCUUGAGAUGGAGAAAUAUGAAGAUAGCUGGUGGAGAAGAGAUGUAUUUAUUCCACGUUCGGGGCCUGAGAUGGUAUCAAAAGGAAUUUGCGCAGGAAAUGACCUUUAACAUCACUACCAGCAGCCCGGCUCCUGAGAUGUGCUUGGACCUGCAUCCGGGUACCAACUACAGUGUCAGCGUCCAGGCUUUGUCUUCUGUGCUUCCCGUGGUCAUCUCCCUGACAACCCAGAUAACAGGAACUUUGGUAUCAGUCCAUAAACUGCAGGGACUUUCAUAUCAGGUGCUAGUGGUUCCCCUGGCCCUCAAAAGCACGUUUUCUUGUGAUUCUGAAGGGGCUGCCUCAUUCUUUAGCAACACUUCUGAUGCUGAUGGAUAUGUGGCUGCAGAACUACUGGCCAAAGAUGUCCCCGACGAUGCCAUGGAGAUAACUGUUGGAGACAGGCUGUAUUACGGGAAAUACUAUAAUGCACCCUUGAAAACAGGGAAUGAUUAUUGCAUCAUAUUACGAAUCACAAGUGAAUGGAAUAAGGUCAGAAGAUGCUCCUGUUCAGUUUGGGCUCAGGUGAAAGGUUCGUCACUCACGCUGCAGCAGAUGGUGGGCGUUGGGCUGGCCUCCAUGGCUGUCGUGAUUGUGCUUGCAUUCCUCUCCUUCUUAGCAGUGUGAUUGCAGACGGGCGCUACGUUGGGAGGCGACACUGCUGCUGGGGCAGAUGUUAGGACAGCUCCUCGAGUACCUGCCCAGAGGCCCCACGUGGCUUCCAUCCAGGUGUGUGUGGGCCUGCAAACUUUCUCCAUUCCCAGCUUGGCCCCAUGCCUGGAUUCAAGAUGGUGACUAUUGCUAUGGAAUCCCCCAAAAGGAGGAAACUCAGGAAUUGCUGAUGUCGUCCCUGCUACAUGACCAGCUCUGUGUCUAUGAACUUGAGACCCUUGAUAUAUAAUGUAAUAUUCACCACAGGCUACAGAUCACGUGGGCUGGACCUGUGUCUUCCUCUGAGUGAUGCCUGAGAGUCGGCUCCUCUAGACAUUGAGUGCAAGAGAGUCUGCAUCUUCCUCUAUAGCAUCUCUGAUAAUUAAUUCCGAAUCCAUUCUUUUACAAUAAGCAAUGAGAUGGACUUAAGUUUGGGUUCAAAUUUGACUUUGUGAAGGAGGUGAUUGAAAAGGCUAGAGAACAUCGACAUGGACAAACUUGUCAAACACUUUGGAAGCAGCUCUUUUCCUAUAAUUAAUUGACAUCUAAUUAGAAAGUAUACUAGCCUGGCCACUCCAAUAAGUUCCCUACAAUGUCUGAUUGAUACAGUUCCAUUUGUCUUAUAUGUAAUGUAUUCAAAAGGCAUAAGUCUUCAUUCUACUAAAAAUAUCCUGUGAAGUUAGACAGUUCUUCUCUUGCAUGCGAAUGUUUAUAGCAGCCUUGGGUUCAUUUUUGUUGUUACUGAGGGUCUCUUAAAAAAGCUCUGUGCCUCCCUUUAUAUUCAUUGGUCAUGUAGUAGCAAUAGGUUGAAACAAUAUCAAGCCCAUAGCCAGAGCGGUGUGUUUACAGGGAAAGGGGAACAAUGUGGCUGACAUCUUCUCUUUCAUCUACAGCCUCAGUAACCAUGACUGUAACUUUAUCAUGAACCACGAUUCGUUACUUAUAAGCAAUCCUGGGCUUACCGUCAAUAUGCUGAAUUUACAGAUGGAGUGUAGGACCUGUGACUGUUAGAGCCUGAAUGAGUAUUCUUUAACUUUCCUCCCUCACUGACAAUGUAACUCCAAGUCUCAGUAACAAACAAAUGGAGGAGAAAGAGAGAGGCUUGUGCUUUCUCUAAGUAAGCGUGGUAUCUCCUCCUCCACCCACCUUCCCUCCCUUUCCAGGCCUGGAGAGUAAAUAGCGUGGGGGAGGAAAAGGAGGCUAGUUAUACUGCACAACCUCAGGGUGCAGCCUGUGUAACGUAGUCCUGAAAUAAUGCAGUGUCGCAGUCCUGAGAAAAAGGGACAGUCUUUUCCACGUAGUGGGCUGGCAUGUUCUCCACCAGCUUACGGGGCAUUGGUGAGGGACAGAUUUGAGUAGGCUGGGCUUGUGGGCAGAUGAGGAAACAGUAGGAACUAUAUAGCAAUAGCUGGAAAGUGUCUAUGAAGUUGCUCUUCCCUGAGGAUUCCGGCCCAAAGUGUAUCCAUUCACUUGGGAAGAGUCAGAGAAAGGGAUGUACUAUCCUGACUCUUGAGUGUUCAAUGCCAGCUGUCAGCCCCUGGCCCUGGCCAGUAUUAGGCAAUAUGAGAAUAAUUGCCCUUUGUCCUCUGCAACUUAAGAGUACAACUUCCGGUCAAUAUUUAGAACCCUUCUCGCUCUCAUCUCAGGUUGAAUUAUAGAGUAGAGCUCUCACUGGGCUAAUAUAAAUAGUUUUCUACUUCUCAUUUUUAUGUGCAGCAAUUCAAACUCAUAGUAUUUUCACAGCUCUUGAAUUCAAUUCGGAAUCAUUACAAAUUACUGUGAUUAGUAUAGGGUAGGGUCUCCGAUGAGUAAGGCUUUCCCUCAAAGCCUCCUCUAUCUAAAGAGAGAAUUUGAGCCUCCCCACCCUAUUAUUAUUUUUUAUAACUCUGUAAACACCAUAUGUGUCUAUAGCCCCUCCCCACCCAAUUUCCAGCUCUAGAAUUAACUGCCAAAGAAGCUACAGUUCUCCACAUGGGAACUUAGCAUAAAUGUCAUUGAAAGGAAGAAAUCUUACUUGCUUAGCAUCAAAGUUUCUGGUUAAAAUAACUGACUAAACAUUAAGUAAAAUGUACUUCUGAGUAUGGUGCAGAAAUGUAAAAACAGUUCAUGAAAGAGUGCUAAAUAGCAAAAAUAUGGACUUUGAAACUUCCUCUAAAUGUUCCAAACAAUAACACAGAGUCGCUCAGUGUUAAUCCUGAACAGAAGCAGGUGCUGAGUGUUUGCAAAAAGGAUGGGCCGUUUUUCUCCAGUUCUUUUCUAAUAGUGUUCUCAUAAACAUGAAGAAGCUUUACGUUUUCUGAAUUCACCUAGUAGCUUUACCGCAGUACUGUUCUUUUUUUUCUCAAGUGGAUUCCUGGUUAAGGGGGAAGGAUGUCUCAGGAGACUGACAGCGGGUCUUCCUGGG